GCUAGGAGGGGCUAGUUCACUCUGUCAGCGACUUGGUGCUGGAUGGUAAGGCUGGAGCGACUCAAACGCUCCCACCUGUCAGAGGUGCAUGUGCGAUUUAUCGCUGAGCCCGGGAAGCAUCGCCGAGUCUCAUUUAUUUCGUGUCUCUUGAUGGCUCCGAAGUGACAGAUACUGACUGCUGCUACCUACACGGGGAGGCGAAAAAGAACAAAACUCUCUCUCUCUCUGUGUGUGUGUCAGCUUUCUCUCCAAAUCCACUCUCUCCACUUUCCGGCUCGCUCUCUCCUUCACAUCCUCUCCUGUCCAGAGAUGCCAACGAAACUACUGGCAGCUUUCUUGUUACUCUCAGUCUUCCAAGCGUGCUCGAGAAAAAUCGAGGAUGACGAGGACGAAGACCGCACAGUCAACCAGACGUGGGUGCUGACCUCCAAAAUGCAAGACAGAGACGCGACCAAAAUUUUAAACCGUCUGCUGAAGGAAUACGAUAAGAAGCUUCGCCCUGACAUUGGAAUGAAACCAACUGUUAUAGAUGUUGAUAUUUAUGUGAACAGUAUUGGGCCUGUGUCAUCAAUUAACAUGGAGUACACUAUUGACAUCUUCUUUGCUCAGACUUGGAUUGACAGUCGUUUGAGGUUCAACAGUACAAUGAAAAUUAUCACUCUCAAUAGCAACAUGGUUGGAUUCAUAUGGAUACCAGACACUAUCUUCAGGAAUUCCAAAAAGGCAGAUUCUCACUGGAUCACCACACCCAAUCAGCUGCUUAGGAUAUGGAAUGAUGGGAAAAUCCUGUAUACUUUGAGGCUGACAAUAAUCGCAGAGUGUCAACUGCAGCUUCAGAACUUUCCAAUGGAUGAACAUUCUUGUCCUCUCAUCUUCUCCAGCUAUGGAUACCCAAAGGAAGAGAUGGUCUACAAAUGGAGGAAGAAUUCAGUGAAAACAGGCAAUCAGAAGUCCUGGCGGCUCUACCAAUUUGAUUUCUUGGGCUUGAGAAACACAACGAAAAUCAUUGAAACAACUGCAGGGGAAUACGUCGUCAUGACACUAUACUUCGAUUUAAGUCGAAGAAUGGGAUAUUUCACGAUUCAGACCUACAUUCCCUGCAUAUUGACUGUUGUUCUAUCAUGGGUUUCAUUCUGGAUUAAGAAAGAUGCAACUCCAGCCAGGACAGCACUUGGGAUUACGACAGUGCUAACCAUGACAACACUCAGCAGCAUAGCAAGAAAAUCACUACCAAAGGUUUCCUACGUCACUGCUAUGGAUUUGUUCGUCACUGUAUGCUUUUUGUUUGUCUUUGCGGCGUUGAUGGAAUAUGCAGCCCUCAACUAUUACACAUGCUGCAAGAAACCCACUUGUACAAGGAAGAAAAAGACACUCCCAGAUGCGACCCUCAGCUGCAGAGUUAAGCCGAAUUCUCACUGUCGUGGGUUCCCGAAUCAAUAUGAACAUGACUGGAAAGGCGAACGCAGACGUGAAUGGUUCUUCACCCAGCAAAAAGGAUCCCAAGAGAAUUACUCAGUGCUGAACCUGGGGCCGGCUUCUUCAGUUAUUACCAUAAACAAUUCUAUGUACUGGCAGGACUUUGAGGAAGCCUGCGUAUAUGAAUGCCUGGAUGGUAAAGACUGCCAGAGCUUCUUCUGCUGUUACAAAGAAUGUAAAUCAGGCUCAUGGCGCAAAGGACGGAUUCACGUAGACAUUUUGAAAUUAGACACAUAUUCACGUGUGUUUUUUCCUACAACAUUUUUGCUAUUUAAUCUUGUCUACUGGGUUGGAUACCUUUACCUUUAAGCUUCUGCCUGUAGCAGUGAAGACUUCUCUUCGUCGACACUUGUCCUGUAACUUUGAUAUGUAUCUCUGGAUGUUGUCAGAAAAGUGAAACUACCCGGGAUGAAGUAACAGCUUUGGUUCUUUAGUUUCCAUUUCUUUAAUAUAUUUAAAAGAACUACAAAUUCAAAACAAAAUGAUGGAAGGAAGAAGGUGUGGAAAGUGUACAUAAGCUGGCGAGGCUUCUCUCCGAGGUCAUCAGUUGAAAUAUUUUUGAAAAACUUGAAGAGAAUGGACCAAUUUAUUUGACUCCACAAACUUGUAUUCUUGGUUUUGCAAACAGCAGCAAUUUUAGAGUAACUAUUCACAGGUUUGUCGGAUAGUCAGAAAUGCCUAGAUUAUUAAAUAGUUGCAUGAAGAAAAGUGAAGAGUUAGCUAAGAGCAAACUAGACUGAAGCAUAUUACUCUUACAGAGCUAAUUAGAAUCAAUUAAGGCAUUUCUGGCCAUAGAAACCCAAGUUUUUUUUUAAUCCUUCCAAAUUAAAAGCGACUCAUGUGAACACAUUUGUAUUUGACAAGAUGGACUGAAUCCAGAGGUAUAGGUAGGGUUUUUUUGGAAUGAAAGAAGAGUUUUCUUUGAAAAAAUAACUAAGAGUGUUCGUGUAUGCUAUGUCUUUUCAUUAAUUGAAAUUUCAAAACAGUGUUGGGUGAACAAAGUGUUAGACUGUUUGGAAAAUUAUUCAGCACGUCAUAUUUUUAUGUGGGGUUUCUUUGGUAACAUGAUGUUAGAGGUGACUGAGAUAAACUAGCUGAAAACAUUGAUGAAACAUUAGGUGGUGCAUUCUCCAUUCAUUCUUCCUUAAAAGUGAUCACUAUUCUGUUUAGCCCUUUGAGGACUGGAGUUAACAUUUGUUUGACCAAAUUAAAUAAACAACACCGAGUCUAAGUUUGAUACUUUGGUUAAUGCCCAUUUACAAGCUUUCCCAAAGGAACAUCUUACCAUGGCUGUAAUACCCUAGAGAGCAAAGGGACUCUUCCCAUACAAUGGAAUUGUGCCUUUUGGUGUGUCAAACAGGUGGCAUUAAUGGUACCUAUGGACCAUUCCAUAGAUUCAAACAGGUCAAUUGAAACCAGGAAAGAAAGUAUCAAGUGUAGCUUCCUUGUUUAGAGUCACUGCUAUGAACAUGACUGUCAUUCAUAUGGUCAACAUAUUGGCCAUCAACUUUGUAUGAGCCAUUACCACUUGGAAGAAAUACACACAGUAGGCCUGACGUUGAUUCCAUGAUAAACAAAGUCAUUGAAGUGGAUUAAAAAUCAAUGAUAUUAAAUAAAAGUGAGAGAUAGUGGGAACUGCAGAUGCUGGAGAA